UCUUUUCCCACUUGGGGAGUCGUCGUCUCUGCUCUCCGGUCUCCAGAAAAGCAAAAGGGGAGGCGAAGCCAAGCCAACCCAACCACACGCCAAUCCACUCGGAAUCCGCCUAGGGUUUCCUCCUCUUCCUCUUCCCCUCGCGGCUGCUGCUCGGCGGAUUCUGCUGCUGCGGAGGAGGGCGGCGGGGGUUGGGGCUGCAAGCUGGUCCGAUCAGCUUUUCCUGCUGCUGAGGUAGCGGGAGCGACAACCAGGGCAUUUCUUGUACAAGGAUGAACAGCCUGCCCCGGCUCAAAUAAUAUUUGCGGUUGGAUUUAUUUUUUUUCGACAUGAACGGGCAGCCAAGGUUUCACGAUAUGAUAGGCGGUGGUGGCAAGGGAAUGCAAGAUAAUGAGAUCAAUGGCCUCUUCAACAUGCCGUCUUACCAUAAGUUUGUGGAGGGCUCCCAGAUGUCUGUUGACAGCGCCGACGGCUUCAACAUGGCCAACUACGUUGGGGGUUCCGUUGCCAUGUCGGUGGACAACAGCAGCGUUGGCUCGAACGAGUCCCGCACGGUUAUACUUAAGCACCCAGGCCUCCGUGAUGCCCCGACGGCAAGCUAUUCGGUUGGCAACAGUGUCUUCCGCCCCAACCGUGUGGCUGCGCACACGCUAAAUGAGGAUGCGUUAGCUCGUGUUUUGAUGGAUCCGAGCCAUCCGACUGAGAUCCUAAGUAAUUAUGAGGAAUGGGCCAUUGAUUUGGGGAGGUUGGACAUGGGGGUUCCUUUUGCCCAAGGGGCCUUUGGGAAGCUAUACCGGGGAACAUACAAUGGAGAAGAUGUUGCCAUUAAACUACUGGAGAAGCCUGAGAAUGAUCCAGAGAGAGCACAAGCAUUGGAGCAACAAUUUGUGCAAGAAGUUAUGAUGUUGUCUAGACUGAGGCACCCAAACAUUGUGAGGUUUAUAGGUGCAUGUAGGAAGUCAAUUGUGUGGUGCAUCAUUACUGAGUAUGCUAAAGGUGGUUCAGUCCGGCAGUUCCUGGCAAGAAGGCAAAACAAGUCAGUGCCUUUGAGAUUGGCUGUAAAACAGGCAUUGGAUAUAGCCAGGGGGAUGGCCUAUGUACAUGCUUUGGGAUUUAUCCACAGGGAUCUGAAGUCAGAUAACCUAUUAAUUGCCGCAGAUAAAUCCAUUAAGAUUGCUGACUUUGGAGUGGCUCGCAUCGAAGUAAAAACUGAGGGUAUGACACCAGAGACAGGAACCUACCGCUGGAUGGCACCGGAAAUGAUCCAGCACAGGCCUUAUGAUCAUAAAGUUGAUGUAUAUAGCUUUGGGAUUGUCUUGUGGGAGCUUAUAACUGGCAUGCUCCCAUUCACAAACAUGACGGCUGUUCAGGCAGCUUUUGCUGUGGUGAACAAGGGUGCUCGGCCAGUGAUCCCGCAGGACUGCCUGCCUGCUCUAAGCCACAUCAUGACUCUUUGUUGGGAUGCGAACCCUGAAGUUCGCCCCGCAUUUACUGAUAUCGUUUGUAUGCUUGAGAGUGCAGAGAUGGAGAUUCUGAGCAAUGUCCGUAAAGCACGCUUCCGCUGUUGCAUCACUGAGCCCAUGACAACCGACUGAAAUUAAAGCAAUGUAGAUGAUUACAACAUGGAUCGAGGGAGGAAGCAAGGGAGGAUGAAGAAAGAGGCAAUCUCAAUGUAUUCAUUAGUACCAGCUCAUAGGGUCUGUGUGCCCACAGAAGUUCCUAGGCUUUGAGCUUCUGUGUUAUUCGAUUCUAUCUUGUGUGAGUUGCACAGCUCAAGUAAUCUCUUCUGGAAUAUAGAUGUUGCCUUGUAUGUUAACAGGAUCUAAUGGAGCUUUCCUAUGUUAAUAACAUCUGCUUGUUGGUGUAACCAAGCCUGCUCUGUUGAUUUCUGAA